ACCAAUAAUCGUAGUGUAGUAAACUUGUCCAGAAAUUAUUUUCGAUAAUCUAAUUUAGACGUUUGAUUUUAAUAAAUUUAGUGUCAUUUCAACAGUAACAAAUUAUUUGUAUAAUAUUUCGGGCGUUCCGUUCAUCAAACAAUUUUUACUGUAAAAUAUUCGCAAUUGCAUUCUGUCAAGAAAUAAUAAUCCGGUGAAAUAUCCAAUACUCAUUUUUAUAAUACCAGUAAUACCACAUUAGAGCAUUCCAAACAAUUUGUACCAAUAAUUUGAAAUUUAAAUUUACAAAAUGCAAAAUACAAAGCAAAUUCCGGAACCCAAUCGAUGUGAAUCAGCUAUAUACAAGUAUAAAAAAACGUCGUUUUCGGAGAUAUAUGAAGUAUUACAAUCCUUACGAGAAGAUGAGUUUUUUUGUGAUAUAAACCUAGAAACAGACGAUGGUGGAAGUAUAUUUGGUCAUAAAGUGGUUUUGGCAUCGGCUAGUCCAUAUUUCCAAGCAAUGUUCACAAACUUUUCUGAAAAGAAUCAAGAGGUUGUUGUUAUCAGGGAGUUGAAUUCUAGUGUCUUACAGCUAUUAAUCGACUUUAUUUACUCGGGGAAAAUCAUUGUCACUGAAAGUAAUGUACAGGUUUUGUUACCAGCAGCGAACCUUUUGCAGUUACAAGAAGUCAAAAACGCAUGUUGUGACUUUCUUCAGGCACAAAUAUGUCUUACAAAUUGUAUUGGUAUAUUUGCGUUAGCUGAUUUACAUAGCUGUACGAAAUUGUUAUCAAGUUCAGAAUUAUAUAUUCACCAAUACUUUUCGGACGUGGUAGAAGGAGAUGAAUUCCUGUCCUUGUCAUCUGAACAAAUGGUUAAGUUGAUCGCCAGUGAGGAACUUACAGUUUCAUCUGAAGAAAAAAUAUUUGAAAGUGUUAUUCGAUGGGUAAAAUAUGAUUUGGAUUCCAGAAAACAAAUUUUGCCCAAAUUAAUGGAACAUGUGCGUUUACCAUUAACAUCGAAAGAUUACAUAUUAAAAAAUGUAGUUGACGAACCUCUUCUUAUUAAUUGUGCUAAAUGUAAAGAUUACGUAUUUGAUGCAUUACAUUUUCAUUUACUUAAGUCAAAAAAACUUAUCACCAUUCCACAUAACAUCCGGACAAAACCUAGACAGCGUGGUGGUACACAUAAAGUUAUUUUAGCUGUUGGUGGAGUAGGGAUCAAUAACGAAAUAUUAUAUAGUACAGAAUGGUAUGACCCAAAAAUCAAUCAAUGGCAGCCUGGACCUAAAAUGAUAACACCAAGUCGUAGUGGUGGUCUAGCCGUAGUAAAUGAUAAUUUUGCGAUGUAUUUGGGUGGUACAAGUUUUAAUUCAAUUUAUCAAUCUGCUUAUGGUCUAGAUUUAUCUUCAGAUUCGCCUCGUUGGAGACCAACCUACGACAUGCUAGUUAAAAGACGAAGUUUUGGAGUUUGUGUGAUAAAUAAUUUUAUAUAUGUCGUUGGCGGUUUUGAUGGCAAAAUUAUUUUAAAAAGUGCAGAAGUUUUUGACUGCAGAACUCAAAAAUGGCAAAUGUUAUCUAAUAUGUCUACUAGAAGAUUUGGUGUUGGGAUUGGAGUACUGAAUAAUCUUUUAUAUGCGGUAGGAGGUUGUAAUUCUGAUCAUACAUUCAACUCUGUCGAAUGCUACAAUCCCAGUCUUGAUAAAUGGACGCCAAUUGCAGACAUGCGUGAACGUCGCGAAGGAGUGGGUGUUGGAGUUUUAGAUGAUGUACUGUAUGCUGUAGGCGGUAAUGAUGGAGAAGAUGUUCACAGAAGUGUUGAAGCAUACAUACCAAGUACAGGCGUUUGGUCUACUAUUCCAGACAUGCAUUUGUGUCGAAGUGAUGCAGGAGUAGCUGUAUUGGAUGGUUUAUUGUACGUCGUCAGUGGUUACGACGGAGCUUGUCGUUUGGAUUCUGUGGAAUCUUACAACCCUAACACUAAUAAGUGGACCAUGAUCACAGCGUCAAUGAAUGUUGCAAGGAAUGAGGCAGGAGUUGUAGCUAUUGAUAUGCCACGAUAUUUUAAAACGUUUAAAGCUGUGAGAACCGAAAAAAAACUGAAACCUAAAUUUUAGUUUUUCCGGGAACCGAAAUUUUAGUUUUUCUGGGAACUGAACCGGAACCGAAGUUUUAAUUUUGCUAGAACCGAACCGGAACCGUGUAAAGUCAUCAAGGUGCCAGUGCCUGAUUCAACACAUCUCUGAUCAGGACAAAAAAAUAAAUUACCAGCGGCACUUUUGUCGCAAUAAAAUAAAAUCAUAAACACAUCAAUACUUUCACAUUACGUAUAAUUCGAUGCUUAAUAUUAUAUAAUCAAAAGAAGGGAUUGCACAAAAAACACUCUAUAUAUGGAUCGUGCAGAAUCGACUUUUCAGACAACACAAGAAGACCUGAUGUACAACGUCCACGCCAGUAUGCACUUCGACAGUAUUUUUGCAAUUCAAACCGUUGAAUAAGAAAUUAAAACUAAUAAUAGCAUUCAAAACACAACUAAAAAUGUUGAAGAUUUUAUGUAUUGCAUAGCAUGUGUUUAAAAACUACAAUUUCAAGUUUGUUAGUCGAACAAUGAAUAUUAAUGUGUAUUCAGGAACAAAAAAGUAGGUGAUAAUGGUGGACGUGUGAAUCAACAUAUUAUUUGAUUUCACAAUUGAUGGCAACUGAUACUAAUAAAAGUGUGAUAGACUUGCGGGAAUUAUUAAUGUUACAUAAUACUCCUUAUCUUCUUUUUUUUAUUU